AUGCCUGGCCGACCGUCAAACGAAAGUAGACUUUUACUAAAGGAAGAAAAUAUUUUAUUAUUUUCAUUACUGGGAGUUAAAUGUCAAUCAUUGGCAAGUUCUGUUGUUCAACUUUUUCUUACGGAAUCUCCUAAUCACAGUCAAUGGAAAAGAAAAGAUGCGGGUAUAAUGUGUUUAGUAAAGGAUCACACCAAACGUUCUUACUUCUUUAGAUUGUAUUGCCUUUCAAGAAAAGCUUUAGUGUGGGAGAAUGAGUUAUACAACAGUUUAGAAUAUACAGCGCCUAGGGCUUGGCUCCAUACUUUUGAAGCUGAGUCAUGUAUGGCUGCAUUUAAUUUUGCUGAUGAAGAAGAAGCUAAUCAUUUUCAAAAUGAAGUCUUGAGAACCCUGGCUAGUAAAAACCAAAAGCAAAUAGAAAGGAGAGCUAGAAAUUCUCGUCAAAUGGAUGGUUACCAAGGACCUAUAACUAAUGUGCAACAUACUUCAUAUGUUCACAAUGGACCUGACAUUAUGCAACACAAAAAAAAGAUUGCAGGUAAUGGAACAAAAGGAAGAGAUAGAAGACGAAGAUUAAGAAAAGAAGACAUUGGACAGCCGCAAGACUUCAGACAUGUUUCACAUGUCGGUUGGGAUGCUAAUAGAGGAUUUGAAGGUCAUGGUGAAGCUUUAGAAAAUCCUCAAUUAAAGGAAAUCCUCUGUAAGGCUGGAGUGUCUGAGAAUCAAUUGCGUGAUCGGUCGACAAGAGAAUUUAUUUACGGAUUUUUAGAACGCGUCGGUGGACUUCCUCCUGUAAAAAAUGAAAGCACGAAACUUGCAAAGGCACCCCCGGUACCGUCGAGGGCUCCGCCUCCAGCAUAUCCACUGUCAAAGCCUUUACCAUCACCUCCUACCAAUAAUAUAAAUACUAGGAGGCAAAUCCCUCCACCAGUUAACAAUCAAAGAGUAGCCCCUCCUCCUCCUCCACCCCCUCCCAUGUCUUCCUUACCAAAGUUACCAGAAAAUGAUAAGUCAAGAAAUACUGUUGCACCUCCUCCUCCUCCUCCCCCGCCCCCGCCUCCUUUAAUCACAUCGGAACCUGCUACGCCGCCGCCUGUUCCACGUCCUUCGAACUCAUCGACCGAUGCCAGAGCUGCGCUCAUGGACGCCAUCAAAAGUGGAGCCACGUUAAAACACGUCGAUGUUGAGAAAAAGUCUGUUAAUCAUAUGGAUUCGCGGGGAGAACUUUUAGAUCAAAUUCGUCAAGGUGUCGAAUUGAAAAGCGUCCAACACGUCGAAAAGCCGAACGGACCUUCUGCUCCUCUCGAUGGCAUAGCGGGUGCCUUGGCAAGAGCCUUAGCUGAAAGAAGCAAAGCAUUUCACCAUGACAGCGAUAGUGAUUCCGACAGCGAAGGAGACGGUGACAGCGAUAGCGAAUGGGACGAAUGA